CAGUGACCGAAACAGCAGCUUGGAGACAGAGAGACAGACAGAGAGAGAGAGAGAGAAUUUGCUAUAAUUGCGGCUAGCAUUAUCGAUCUUUCUCUGGCUUCAACUCCAUUCAUUCUCCUUGGGAGCUCUUCUGCGUUCUCUGUGUUUGCCGAACAAUGGAUUCGAGCGACGUCAAGGCUUCCGCCUUCGAUCUCAUGGCUUCAAUCCUCAAGGGAGGCUUAAUGGACAAGUCGAACGCGUCCGGAGAUUCUGCAAGCGAGUCAUGGCCGCUGGGCUUGCUGGUCGAGAAACGGGAGGGUUUGAUGAUGUUAACAACGUCAGUAGCGGUUCUGGUUGGCUGCGUCGUCGUGUUCUUGUGGCGGCGAGUCUCCGGGAAGAAGUCUAACAAGGCGAUUGAACCACUGAAGCCGCCGCUUCAGAAUGUCGAAUUCGAACCCGAAGUAGACGACGGCAAGACGAAGAUAACACUUUUCUUCGGAACGCAAACUGGAACUGCCGAAGGAUUCGCCAAGGCACUUGCUGAGGAAGCCAAAGCCAGAUAUGAAAAGGCGACUUUCAAAGUGAUUGAUUUGGAUGAUUUUGCUGCCGAUGACGAAGCUUACGAGGAGAAUUUUAAGAAAGAGAAGUUUGCAUUUUUCUUCUUAGCUACAUAUGGAGAUGGUGAGCCAACAGACAACGCAGCCAGAUUCUACAAGUGGUUCACUGAGGGGAAAGAGAGAGGAUGUUGGCUUGAGAAUCUUACAUAUGGUGUGUUUGGCCUAGGUAACAGACAGUAUGAGCAUUUCAACAAGAUAGCAAUAGUUGUUGAUGAGGUUCUUGCAGAGCAAGGUGGUAAGCGUCUUGUUCCUGUUGGUCUGGGAGAUGAUGAUCAAUGCAUUGAAGAUGACUUUACUGCAUGGAGGGAGUUACUGUGGCCUGAACUAGAUCAGUUGCUUCGAGAUGAGGAUGAUGCAACUGUUGCAACGCCUUACACUCCUGUUAUUCCUGAAUAUCGGGUAGUCAUUCAUGACUCUGCAGAUGCUUCCUUAUUAGACAAGAAUAUGAGUAAAUUGAAUGGGCAUGCCAUUCAUGAUGCACAACAUCCAUUCAGAUCCAAUGUUGUGGUGAAAAGGGAGCUACAUACUCCAGUUUCUGAUCGUUCUUGCACUCAUCUCGAAUUUGACAUUUCUGGAUCUGGGCUAGCUUACGAAACUGGAGACCAUGUUGGGGUUUACUCUGAGAACAUGGCUGAAAUUGUGGAAGAGGCUGAAAUAUUAUUAGGCUUAUCUCCACAUACUUGCUUCUCCAUCCAUGCUGAUAAAGAAGACGGUACACCACUUGGCGGCGGUUGCUCUUUGCCACUUCCUUUCCCUCCCUGCACCCUAAGGACAGCGUUAACCCUAUAUGCAGACUUGUUAAGCUUUCCAAAGAAGUCGGCACUUCUUGCCUUGGCAGCUCAUGCAUCUGAUCCUAGUGAAGCUGAUAGAUUGAGAUAUUUGGCAUCUCCUGAAGGAAAGGAUGAAUAUGCACAGUGGGUGGUUACCAGCAUGAGAAGCCUUCUUGAGGUUAUGGUGGAAUUUCCAUCAGCCAAGCCUCCACUUGGGGUUUUCUUUGCAGCUAUUGCCCCACGCUUGUUGCCUAGAUAUUAUUCAAUUUCAUCAUCCUCUAAAUUUUCACCGACAAGAAUUCAUGUUACAUGUGCUAUAGUUUAUGAAACAACACCAACAGGACGUGUUCAUAAAGGAGUGUGUUCUACAUGGAUGAAGAAUUCCGUGCCUCUAGAUGAUAGUCGUGGUUGCAGUGUGGCUCCAAUUUUUGUUAGACAAUCUAACUUCAAGCUUCCUUCUGACUCUAAACUGCCUAUCAUCAUGAUUGGACCCGGCACUGGAUUGGCUCCUUUCAGGGGAUUUUUGCAGGAAAGAUUAAUCUUGAAAGAAGCAGGAAUGGAGCUAGGACCUUGCAUUCUGUUUUUCGGUUGCAGAAACCGAAAGCUGGAUUACAUAUAUGAAGAUGAACUAAGUAACUUUGUGGAAACUGGCGCUCUCUCAGAGCUAGUUGUUGCUUUCUCACGUGAAGGUCCAACAAAGCAAUAUGUGCAGCAUAAAUUGGAAGAAAGGGCUUCAGAUAUAUGGAACAUGCUUGGUCAAGGCAGUUAUGUUUAUGUCUGUGGAGAUGCCAAAGGCAUGGCCAAGGAUGUGCAUCGAACUCUCCACACCAUUGUUCAAGAUCAGGGUUCCAUGGACAGUUCCAAAGCUGAAAACAUGAUCAAGAAUCUGCAAACUACAGGAAGGUAUUUGCGUGACGUUUGGUGAUAAUUCUCCGAAAGCGUGAAAUUUUUCUCAUUUGGGGGUUAUGGAGAUAAAAAAAAGGAUACAGGUGGGUGGGCAAAAUUUGAAAUUUGUCUUUUGCCCGAUUUUUUAUUUUAUUUUGUGGAAUUUGGUUGGGUGGUGGUGUUAAUGGUGCAGCUAGCAGCUAGCAGCUUAGUGUGAAUUAAUUAUUUUGAUUCUUGUAAGUUUUAUAAAAAAAACACUAGAUGAACUCAAUGAAUAUUUACAGUUAAAGCUAAUUUUGGAUAUAAAAAUAUUUUCAUGUUUAUACUUUGAAGAGUCUUUGUUAUUGUUUGAAAGUAUUUCCUAUACAGACAUUGGAAACAUGUAUUCUUAACCAAUAUUUUAUUUUUU